CAAUCAAAGUAUGUUAAAAUUUAGUAUACUAAAGAAUACUUUAUUUUACUUGGGCAGCUGAGUUGAACCAUGGAGAGAACUAAAACCUGCAGGAUCCCAGGCUGGUUCUGAGAACCAGGAUCAUCAGCUAAUUGUCAAUCUUCAUAGGAACCGACCCGACAGAACCAGAACCCCAGCGAUGUCUGUUUUUUUUAGGAACUGGCCUCAGCCUCACUUCUGCCAACCAAUCACAUCCAACAACUCCUCAGUUCUGGUUCUGAUGAAGGUUCUGGUUCUGUUCCAGGAUGCGGCUGCUGGACCUUGCAGCGUCCAGAUCAAAUCAGAACCAGGCGAUGACGUGGAGAUCCAGUACUUCCCUCUCCUGAAGAAGCUGAGCGUCAAGCUGACUGACUGCAGGGCGUGGCUGGAGGGGCGGGACUUCCUGUCUCUGGAUGACCACCCUGAGCUGCGGCCGUGGGGCGCCACCAACAGCGGCAGGAGGAUGACGUACUGCCCCAUGUGCCAGCGGGGCUUCUACAAGCCGGCCCACCUGGAGGCCCACCUGUGGACCCACCGGGGCCAGAACCCCAACCAGUGCUGGGAGUGCGGGAAGACCUACCCGACCCUGAUGAGCCUGGUGCUGCACCAGCAGGUCCACGGCCGCAGCGAGCCCUACCGCUGCUCCUACUGCGACCGCACCUUCGCCCUGAAGCGGGACUGGAAGACUCACCACCGGACCCACUCUGGGACCAAGCCCUUCAAGUGCUGGUUCUGUGGGGACGGCUUUGGCCAGCAGAACCAGCUGGACGAGCACCUGGAGGCCCACCAGGGGGAGCGGUCCUACCACUGCGACGUCUGCGACAAGAUGUUUGUCUCGUACCAGGGCUUCAACUUCCACCGCCGAGCGCACAAGACCUCCAAGCGCCUGCCGUGCCUCAAGUGCUCCAAGACUUUCAGCAACCCUCAGAGUCUGAAGGUCCACCAGGCCACGCACUCCAGCAGGAAGCCGCACACCUGCCCCACCUGCGGGAAAGGCUUCAAGCUGCUGGGUGGCCUGCGCAGCCACCAGCGCGUCCACCAGGACCUGAGGGAGUACCGCUGCUCCGAAUGCAGCAAGUGCUUCUCCAGCCUGCAGGGCCUGAAGCUGCAUGACCGCACACACACGGGCCUCAAGCCCUACGGCUGUGCCGAGUGCGGCAAGAGGUUCACACAGGCGCCGCACCUCAAGGCCCACAUGGUCACCCACACAGGCGAGCGGCCCUUCCUCUGCACCACCUGCGGCAAGAGGUUCACCCAGUCGUCCCACCUCAACUCUCACAUCAAGCUGUUCCACCUGGGCGAGAAGCCGUUCAGCUGCGCCGACUGCGGUAAGCGCUUCACCAUCGCUCACUACCUGAAGAUGCACCGUCUCAGCCACACCAAGGAGAAGCUCUACCAGUGCUCCUACUGCGACAAGGCCUUCUCCUACCACAACUCCUGGAGGGCCCACGAGAGGAUCCACACCGGCGAGCGCCCCUUCGGCUGCCGCGACUGCGGCCGGACCUUCAUCACAUCCGGCUCACUGCUGACCCACCAGCGUGCCGCGCACACCGGCGAGAAGAACCACUACUGUAUAACCUGCGGCGAGUUCUUCUUCACCAGCUCCCUGCUGCGCGUGCACCAGCUGGACCACACCGGCGAGCGCCCGCAUGUCUGCAGCUGCGGCAAGACCUUUAAGACCAAAGGAGUCCUGAGGUUCCACCUGAAGAGGUUCACGGACCACCGGCCGGUCCAGUGAGCUGGUUCUGGGCUGAGAGCACAGCCGGUUCUGACUGACCCGGUUCUGAUGACCCGCUCUGGGCCCAACUUGUGUCCCGUUGUUGUUUUCCAUCAUCUCUCCAGAACCUCCAGAACUUCUGACCCGUUACAUGGUUCUGUUACU